AUGACUGAUUGCGAACACCUCUUGACGCUUGUCAUGGGCAGCGAUAUCACGGACGAGGGGCGGGAUGCUUUCCGUCAAAACGCGGAACGCCUGCUACCUCACUAUUAUGAACGUGCAAGAGAAGACGAGAUCCUUAUGAUUGGCAUGGAACAGUCCCAAUACUGGGUGUUGCGUGAGAUGUACCUGGAUUUGGCUGACGAUUGCUAUCGGGGUUUGUAUAGCCGUGGUUUAAUAUUUCCAGAUUUCGACAGAAAGAAUUUGGACUACGGCUAUGCUUACUGGCUUCAAAAGUACGACUCUGAGUUUUUCGAGCACAAGAACAUUGCUCGCCUUCAUCUCUUGGAUGGACCGGUUCAGCAAGAGAUCGAUCACGGAUCACGACCUUGCCCGUGCAGAAACUGUGAUGGAAACUGCACUAGGGACUUACUAGAUGCUGAUAUUAGACGAUCCCGGCCGGUGGCUGCUUCUCAGGGGGCACCGACUCCUCCUACUGGAAUUGAAAAGAUCAGUAUAGCCGAGAGAUGUGAGCGGAUAAGUUUAUGGAAAGACAUGGGUCUUUCCAAGAUGCAUCGCGACCCCAAAGAAUACCCAUUUGAAGUAGGCAUACCCGCCCACAUCAGCAAAGAGGAGCAACUACGCUUGUUCAAGAGCGAAGAACACACGGAGAGUGUUGCGGAGUACUUGGAUGAAAGGUUACGCAUCAUAUGGACGGAGCACAACGGCAGCACCUUCCUUACCGUCAUCAAAAAGCCAGCAACCUGUUCUCCUCUCCGGGAGAUUGAGACAUACGACGUACCCUGGCGCUGCCUAUUGGACUACAGCACCGAGCUCUUGAAGGGCCGGAAGCCUACACUGCUGGAGCACUUCAAAACUUGGCAUGUGGACUCGAUGGACGCGGCGGACAAGUGUAAGCAACGACUGGUGCUGCAUGAGCGGCUUUAUGCGCAUAGACAGUCACAGCAGAGAGAGGAGGGGUGGAGGAAGAAGUUGAUCGAUCAUGUCAAGAAGCGGACUGCUCAAAUCUGCAAGGAUACCCAGAACUCGAGCUUGGAGAGGGCGACUGGCAUCACGAAGUUAUGGACGACAACCGGAUGCUAUAAGAAGACGCCCCUUUCUCUAGAAGACGUUGGCUAUUGCAUUAUGUCGGCCUGGGGCAGCUUCGAUGGCGAUGGCAGGGUGAUUGAGAAUGCCAAACAAGCCUCCGCCUGGCUCUGGAAGACGAGAAACCUUUCCCGGGAGUACCUCGAGCAGCAGCCGUCUUUGGCUGAACUUGUAACGAAGCUGGGUUUGGAUGAGAUCAUUCCUGAUGUCUCCAACGAUGGCCGAAGAGAUAAUGCCUAG